UUUGUUCAGGAGACUAAGAAAGAAGAGCCUGAAGCCUCAGGAAAAGGUGCAGCACUCGGGGACAUUCCAUACAUUAACGCCAUGAUCAUGAAAAUGCAAGUAGAUGACCUAAAGGUUUUACACAGAGUUGCCUACAGUCGGCCUGGAAGUGGGAAUGAGGUGAAAAAGAACUUAAGGAAAUUCAAUGGCUUCCCAUUUACAAAAGAGGAUAAAAAGUACAAUUUGAAAUUAAGUAAUGUAGAGAGGAUUUUAAUGUCUGAGAUCAAGAAGAUGCUUUUGAUAUUGGGCUUGGAGCGCGCUGGCAACAAAGGCGAGGUUGUUGAGAGAUUGAUGGACUUCAUGCUAAAUCCUGAAGAUAGGGGACGGAAGCCACCCACAGUUGCAAAGACCAAAGCUAGAGGAAGACCCAAAAAGGGAACACAAGGGAAGAAGAAAAAGAAUAACACAUCAAAUGAGUCUGUCAAGAGCGGAGAAAGUGGGAGCGACGAGUCAGGUGAUAGUGGAGAAGAGGAAGUGGAGGAGGAAGAGGAAGAAGAAAAGCCCAAGAAAACACAGAAGAAAACACCUGCAAAAAAGCCUCAAGCCAAGAGGGCAACACCAGCCAAGAAAGCAGCGCCUGCUAAGCGCUCAAAGGCCAUUGCUUCUGCAGACUCUGAUUCUGACUCGGAUGAUGAGCCUCUUGCAAAGAAAGUCAAGCAACCUCCUACGGAUGUUGAGCUGAAGGCAAUGGUGAAGAAGAUCUUAGAUGGCGCCAAUUUAGAAGAAAUUACAAUGAAAAGUGUUUGUCGACAAGUGUAUGAUAAUUACCCCGACUUUGACUUAACUCACAAAAAAGACUUCAUAAAGGAAACAGUAAAAUCAAUUAUUUCGUGAUCAGUUGGCACAACCAAUUUUACCAUAGUACAAAGUGUUCAUAUACUUUUUUUUUCUUCUCUUUUAUUUCUUUGUUUUUCUUUAUAUUUUUUUAUAUAACUAAUGUCAGAGAUAGCUAUUUUCCAAAUCUAGCAAAAUUGCUACUUUGCAAAUCUUUUAAAAGAGAGUUGAUUAAUGAUAAUAGUAAUCAAUGUGGAUGAAAUUUUGAGGCACAUUUUAUGCAAAAAAAAAAAAAAGAAAGAAAGAAAGAAAAUGAACCACAGUUAAGGUUACUAA